AUGGCUAAUUCGCCUCUGCUGCUCACCUUUUCCAUUAUCAUGUUUGUAUCAACACUACCAUCAAAUGUUUCAGCCAUCACCCAACCAACUUCAACAGUGGCAAAAGACCAAGUUCCUUGCACAAUGUGCUCGGAGUGCGAGAAUCCAUGCCAACCCCUGCAGCCACCUCCACCACCUCCCAUUAUGAUAGAGUGCCCACCACCUCAGCCUCCAUCGCCACCGCCACCAUCACCUCCACCUCCACCGCCACCUGCAGUUGUUGAAUGCCCACCGCCGCCAAAACCAACAUGUGGCCCUUGCGAGACGCUUCCGCCACCAAAACCACCAUGUGAAGAUAAUAAUACCUGCUUACCAUCACCAGUACCACCUAUGCCGUCGACACCAGGACCACCACGACCUCAAUAUCCACCGGACCAACCUUACUUCCCACCAGGAACGCCAUUUCCUCCAGGCUAUGAACCAGAUGAUAACGACGGUGGAAAGAUGAUGCUAACGCUGCACUUCUCGAGAAUAUUACUUGUUCAUUUGGUAGAUGCAUUAUUUUGGUAA